AUGCCAUUUCUCCAGGGAAGCUUCCUGCUGUACUUUGUAGCCUGUUUUGCCUCCCUUGGUCAAUUUCUUUUUGGAUAUGACCAGGGUGUGCUUUCCGGCAUUUUGGUUAAUGAAGAUUGGCUACAAACUUUUGAUUAUCCAAAUCCUGUCAUGCAAGGCUUUGUGGUCUCCAUCUUUUUGCUUGGUGCAUGGCUCACCUCCUAUUUCGCAAGUUGGGUCAUGGAUCGAUUGGGUCGACGGUGGACCAUUGAAAUUGGUUCCUUUGUCUUUAUUGUGGGCGGCAUUCUCCAAACAGCAUCGAACACACGGGUCGAAAUUCUGCUGGGUCGCCUAAUUGCUGGUUUUGGUAUUGGUUUUUUGAGCACAGUGCUACCUGUGUACACGGCGGAAUUGAGCCGUGCCCAUAACCGUGGUCGUGUAACAGUAGCUGGCAUGUCAAUCAAUAUGUUUGGUUACAUGUGUUCAGCAUUCAUCGAUUAUGGAUUCGCAUUCAUUGAAGAGAGUAGCUGGUCAUGGCGUGGACCCUUACUUUUGCAAUGCGUCUUUGCAGCUAUUCUUGCAAUUGGCUGUUUCCUUUUACCAGAGUCUCCUCGAUUCUUGGUAUCCAAGGAACGUAAUGAAAAUGCAGUCAAGGUGUUGGCACGUCUUUAUGGAAGAGAUGAAAAUGACAAAGACGUCCAACUUGAAUACCAAGAAAUUGUCAAUGCUGUCGACUAUGAACGCACUCUUGGCCAAACCAGCUGGAGAGAAAUGUUCACAACCUACAGGCGACGUUCCUUUAUUGCUAUCAUGGUACAAGCCCUUGGACAAUUGAGUGGAAUCAAUAUAGUGACCUAUUACGCCCCACAAAUGUAUGCCGUCGUCCUUGGUGAAGGAAGAUUAACCAUCUUGAUGGCAGGAUUUACUGCUUUGGUAUACUUUGUCGGUGCACUUGCAGCAAUCUUCCUUGUUGAGAAGGCUGGUCGUCGACCUCUUUUCAUGACCGGUAGCGGACUCAUGGUGAUUUGGCUUAUCCUUAUGGCUGUCUUUACCAAGAUUAACCAAGGCCUCACAUACGCCAUCCUUGUUAUUGUAUUUACCAUGGUUUAUGUCUUCACUUUUGGUGCAUCAUGGGCUUGUGUUGAUUGGUUAUAUCCUGCCGAGAUUUUCCCGUUGCGUGCAAGAGCCAAGGGCAUGUCACUUGCCGUAUCAUCCAAUUGGCUUUGCAACUUUGCUGUAGGCCUUUGGACACCUGAACUCUUUGACAAGAUUGGAUGGGCCACUUAUUUAUUCUAUAUGGCAUUCAACGUCAUUGCAUUUGCCAUCGUUUAUUUCACAUUUGUUGAAACCAAGGGACGUAGUCUUGAGCAGAUUGACGCUGUAUUUGGAGACGUCAAUCAUGCCGAAGCGCUUUCCGAAAAACCACCACCACCACAAAUACAAGAAAAGGUGAAAGAUGACACUGCUUAA